AUUGUGGCUGAAGCGGAUAUUAUCGUGAGGCGGAGGUCAGAAGUUCUCUCUCACAGCCAUCUUGGAUAUAACGUCCUGAGUCGCAACUAUGCCUGGUGAAGCCACAGAAACGGUCCCAGUCACCGAACAGGAGAUGCAGCAGCCUCAAGUCGAGACUGCUACACCUCCUGCCCCAGCUUCCUCCAAGCAACCUGAGGCAUCUUCAGGCCCUGCUAAGCCCAAAGGCAAAAAUGCCAAGAGUGCACAGGGUGCCUCUGCCCCAAAGGCUGUCCCUGGCAGAAGAAAGCGUUCCUCUAUGUCUGUCUCUUCGUCCUCUCCUACCUCGCCAAAAUCAACUCCCUCCUCUACUCCAUUGUCACCUUUGCCAUCUCCCCUUGCUGCCUCACCUGGCAGCUCCUCUGCUAAUCAGGGUAACCGUUCAGGCCCAAAAGUUGUCAAGGCUGGCAAACAGGGUAAGGCUAAAAAGGGAGAAGCAUUUGUGCCUGCUCCUGUCCCCCAGUGCAAGGCCACUAGAGUUGAUGAAAAGCCAACAGAGCCUAGCCUCAAGCAUAAUGUAGCUGAUGAUGCUAAACCUGCCCUGAGUGAGACAAAAACCCCAUCACCAGGUGCGACAAAGGCUGGUGCAGUGCCACCUGCUUUUAAAGUUACCUCAAAGCCUGCUGUUGCAGCACCAGUAUCAUUUUCAGAUACUAUUGCCUCUAGUCCUCCUAAGUCAGCUGAUGUUAAAGCAACCUCAUUGAAAAAUGCUCCACUUAUUGCAUCUGUUGACGAUGAGCUCCCUCCCCUUAUCCCACCUGAGAAACCAGUUAAAAUGCCAGCUUGUGCAUCUCCUGUUGAGAAACAAGGUACAAAGCCUGCUACAUCUCCUAAGCCUAAUGCUGAGAGCUGCAGUUCUGCUCCUGUAGAGGCUACAAAGACACCAGUUAAACCAAAGGCAGACAAGCCAAAGCCUGUUAAGGUUGCUGAAGCAGCCCCAGUAAAAUCAGCUCCCACUGAAGUUGCUAUGGUGUCUUCUGAAAUAUCAGCUGUAGCUGAUGAUGUUGCUAAACCAGCUCCUGUCAAAGCUCCUAAAGCAGGUUCCAAGACUAAACCAGCAAACCCUGGCAAAGUUGAGGAGGUUGUGGUGGAAACCCCAAGCAAGCCUGCUCCUACCCAGGCUGCUAAGCCAGCUCCUGGGGCCAAAACUGCUUCUGCUGAGGCUGCUGACAAAGCUUCUAAUAGAACUAAACCACCUGCCAAGGAAAAACCUGCUCCUGCAGAAACUAAGCCAGUAGCUGAGGCCAAACUUGUGCCUACUGAGACUGCUAAGCAGACAGCUGAGGCCAAACCUGCUCCCAUAGAGGCCAGUAAGCCAGCAACUGUUGACAAAGCCCCAAAUGUAGCUAAACCACCUGCGAAGGCCAAACCGGCUCCCCCAGAGACUGCGAAGGCAGCGGCCGAGGCCAAACCGGCUCCCUCAGAGACUGCGAAGGCAGCGGCCGAGGCCAAACCGGCUCCCUCAGAGACUGCGAAGGCAGCGGCCGAGGCCAAACCGGCUCCCUCAGAGACUGCGAAGGCAGCGGCCGAGGCCAAACCGGCUCCUUCAGAGACCGUUAAGCCACUGAUUGAAGCCAACUCUACAACCACUGAGGCCACUAAGGCAGCCAAAUGUGCCUCCAAGAAGACACCUAAGCCAGUGGCUGAGGCCAAAUCUGGCCCCAACAAGGUUCCUAAACAAGCUGAAGAGAUUAAAACUGCAGCUCCUAAGGCUGCAAAGCCAAACGCAGAGGUCAUGUCUGACCCUGCUGAUGUUAACAUGACAGCUGCAGCACCUAAGCCAGCUGAAGAUGUCAAGCCAGCCAAAGUGGUGGAUGUUAGUGCAGCAUCAGCUGAGGUUGCUAAACCUGUAAAACCAGUUGCAGACCCUUCACCUGCUCCCUUAAAGCCCACUCCAGUUGAGCCUGCUGUUCCUAACCCAGCUCCCCGUAAACUCACGUUUGCUGAGGCAGUUGCAAAACCUGCCCCUGUUAAACCUGAGGUUGAGUUAAUUACUUCAACUCCUCCUCAACCUGUCUCGCCACCUAAGCCUGUCCCCACACCUGCUAAAACCCCAGCCAAGAUGGAGCCUGUGAACGACAAGAACAAUAAUGGAUCCGGCACUGAGUCGGACAGCGACGACUCAGUCCCUGAGCUGGAGGAACAGGACUCUGCACAGACACAGACACAGCAAGCUCAGCUUGCAGCAGCUGCCGAAAUAGAUGAAGAACCUGUCAGCAAAGCCAAACAGAGCCGCAGUGAAAAGAAGGCACGAAAGGCAAUGUCAAAGCUUGGUCUCAGGCAGGUAACAGGAGUCACUAGGGUCACCAUUCGCAAGUCAAAGAACAUCUUGUUCGUCAUCACCAAACCAGAUGUCUACAAGAGCCCUGCAUCAGAUACAUACAUCGUCUUCGGGGAAGCUAAGAUUGAAGAUCUUUCCCAGCAAGCCCAGCUGGCCGCUGCAGAAAAAUUCAAGGUACCGGGAGAAACUGUAUCAAACGUCCAGGAAAACACACAGACGCCAACAGUACAGGAGGAAAGCGAAGAAGAAGAGGUUGAUGAGACCGGAGUUGAGGUCAAGGACAUCGAACUCGUCAUGUCACAAGCCAACGUGUCGAGGGCGAAGGCUGUACGCGCCCUGAAAAAUAAUAACAACGACAUCGUCAAUGCCAUCAUGGAGUUGACAAUGUAAUGGGGACCCUGUCGACGAAGAGUUGACGAAAGGUUGCUGAUUUAAUCCAAACUCAUUUAUACAAUUUAUACCCAAGAUGGAAAUAAAGUUGUGGCUUGAUGAAAUUAAA